AUGGUUUCCCUUAAGCUCGCCGCCGUGGCCUUUGUGGCUCUGUCCAUGGUGAUCAGAGUGACCGCGAUGGGGCCCGACCCAGGACCAGAGCCUGAAGCUGACCCACCUGUUCCUGAAGCUGUCCCACAUGCUCCUGAUGCAGACCCACAUGCUCCUGAUGCAGACCCACAUGCUCCUGAUGCAGACCCACAUGCUCCUGAAGCCCGAAAGUGUGUGCUUUUACGCAACUAG